AUGGUGCUGGGAGCGAAGGGUUAUUCGCUGUAUCAUGCCUUCCAGUGGUCAUGCGCCCUUGCUAAAGCGCUCAAGCCGGCCAAGACCGAACUGCUGUAUUACAUAAUAGAGUCGUCAACGUUGACCUCAACGGUGGUGAAGCCUUUUGUUUCGCGAUUUGCUGGACUGAUGAAGCUCAGUAGCACCCUACUCCAAGCCGCUAACCGUCAGGUGGUACCCACCAUCGACCAACAUAACCGCGCCGUUCUCCUCUCCAGAGAUUCCGCCCGAAGGAUUCGUGAGGCUUUCCUACACGACAACUCCCCAGAUGCUCGUCGAAAAGUCGGCCAGAUCCUCCAAAACAUACGCACCCAACCUCCCAUACCAGACUCCUCAUUCCAACCCCUCCGUCUCCCUAUGCACACUACCACCCACGGGCUGUUACGUCUUGGGGAUUUGCAGGCUGCCCGGAGGAUGCUCCAGACGAUGAUGGAGAGAGACUACCGCGUCCGCAGUCGAUCUGCAGACACUGCUUUUUCGAUGUUCAUCGACCACGCGCAGACCAACUUGUUCUGGCACCAUGAAUUCAGGAACAACCCGGCGUGGAAGCCCCCGAAGCCGAGGAACACCCACCUGUGGACCGCGGUGCUGUAUAUGCAAUUCAUCAGGGAGUUCUCGCCUGAUCUGCAUUACUCGCUCUUGAGGGAGAUAAUCUUCAAGAAGUACUUGGUCCUCGCGGCGAGGGUGUUGUAUGAUGUGGUGAAUGAUCAGAAGAAGGUGGAUCAGCGCGAUGCUGAGCUUUAUUUGGAGCUUGGGCAGACUGCGAGGAGGUUGUGCGCGGCUCCACUUAAAAGUAAGCAGAUUAUGGGGGCGUAUACGUUUGCUAUUUUGGCGAGUGUGUUAAAGCUGGAGGCGGGGAAGGAGGCGUUGGGCAAGUAUGCUAACGUCAUUGCGGGGAUGUUCCACGCUACCCAUCCGAGGGAGGAUACGGCGGCGUACUGCCGUUUCGCGCUCGAGUCGUUUAUGAGUGACAUAUCGGGUUCAGAUUCUGAACCGGAGCAUUGA